CGAUGGAUCGUAUUGUAAUGAUCCACCACAUGAAAACUUGUGAAAACCAGCUAGGGUUAGCAGCUCCCCGUAUCUCGCAUUAUUGUAACUGGUAAGAGCGAUUGUUAAGCAGAGGAUAGACCGAUGUCGAUACUGUGGGAGAAGAGCGAGACAUGGCGUUGGUUGGUAAGGAAAACGCGCGACUCGAGGGGCUUCUUCCUUGCAUUCGCGACGGCGUGCGGCAUUGUUCCCGCCAUCAUCGGCUAUGGAGUUAUGCAAAUUACCAACUCUCGAAACGAGCAGCUAGAAGCCCAGCUCAGGAAGACUGCUCGCCCCGAAUCAUUGAUGAUGGGGCAAAUAAACCGUGAAAGGUUGGGCGAAUUUCUCGGCGAGCUUCAGCGCAAAGAAGACACGAAUGAUCGGUAUGUUGCCGCUCUGAGAGGGGAGACGCUGACACGAAAACCAUAUCAGAGAAUUCAACCUGUUCCGAGUCCGACCUCUGCCGCUGCUGAAAAUGCUGCCAAAACAACGAAAUAAUUUGCGCAGCCGCUAAUCGAUGAAUAGGUUUGUAAUUUGUUUAGAAAUCCUUCUUUCUUAAUUUGUUGGCAGUAGAAGACUUUGUUUUUGUUCAGGGGCAUUUACAUACAUAUCAUCAAAUUCCUAUGCAUUUAUAUGUUUAACACUUAAAUUUCAGUCUAGUACUCGCAGUUAUUAUAUUUAACACUUAAAUUUACAUUCAU